AUGGCCGGAUCCUCGACAACGAAAAGGAAAAAUGACGGUCGCCUCGCGCCGCCGUCCAAGAAGCAAAAGAGACAAACCAAGAAGCAAACCGAGGCCGGUUCCGACGAGGAGGAGGGCUUCAACGCAGUCAACCUUCUCGACUCCGACGACGAUGAUAUUAUGAACGCAGCCGUCGAUGACGGCGCCCCCUCAGACUCCGACUCCGCUAGCUCCGGCGAUGACCGCCCGGCACCGAAGAAGCUGAAGAAGCCGACCAAGACGACAAAGUCCAAAAAGCCCAGGGACGCCCCUCGCGAAACCGACGAGUCCGAGUCGGAUUCCGACGCAGCAGCGAGCGACAACGAGGACGGCGCACCGCGCAAGAAGAGCAGGCGCAACGAUCCUUCCGCCUUCUCGACCUCCAUUUCCAAGAUUUUGUCCACCAAGCUCUCGAACGCGAAACGCGCGGAUCCCGUUCUGGCUCGCAGUACCGAGGCCUUCGAGGCCUCCAAGGCGGCUGUCGAUAUCGCGCUUGAGGCUAAGGCGAAGAAGCAAUUAAGAGCGCAGAAGAAGGAGGCGCAGUCUAAGGGUCGCGUGCGCGAUGUGCUGGUUGCGGCGGAGGACGAGGGCACCUCGACGGGAGAGAUGUUGGAGGGCGAGAAGAGGCUGCGCAAGGUCGCGCAGAGAGGUGUGGUGAAACUGUUCAACGCUGUGAGAGCGGCACAGGUUAAGGCUGUCGAGGCGGAGAAGAAGGCGCGCAAGGAUGGUGUUAUCGGUGUUGACCGGAGGGAGCAGAAGAUCAACGACAUGUCGAAGAAGGGAUUCCUGGACCUGAUUGCCUCUGGCGGCGGAGGACUGAAGAAGGGCGCACUGGAGGAGGCUUGA